GCAGCCCCGUAGGAGACGUCAUGAGCGUCUUACUACCCAACAUGGCGGACUUUGAUACCAUUUAUGAGUUGGAAGACGAAGAGGAUGAGCACGUAGUGAGUGAGGAACACUUGCCCAGAUACUGUCCGGAGCCCGUGGUUAUGCGAGGGGCCGGGCACAUCACAGUGUUUGGACUAAGCAACAGAUUUGACACAGAAUUUCCUUCUGUUCUCACAGGAAAGGUAGCACCAGAGGAAUUCAAAACCAGCAUCAGCAGAGUGAAUGCUUGCUUGAAGAAGAACUUGCCUGUGAAUGUGAAGUGGCUUCUUUGCGGCUGCCUGUGUUGUUGCUGUACAGUAGGCUGCAGUCUAUGGCCUGUUAUCUGCCUCAACAAGAGAACAAGACGGUCUAUUCAUAAGUUGUUAGAGUGGGAAAAUAACCGGUUAUACCACAAGCUGGGGCUGCACUGGAAACUCAGUAAAAGAAAAUGUGAAAGCAGUAAUAUGAUGGAAUAUGUGAUUCUUAUAGAAUUCUUACCCAAAUAUCCUAUAUUCCGACCGGACUGAGGAGGCUGGUAAAGGACUGGAUGUGUGGCCCUUGAAUCUUAUCCUUAGUGCCUUGUAUAUACAGUAUUUUGGAAUAAGGGUCUGCACUGGUGUCUCUCGUGACGACCCCGUACAUCUCCUAGUACCUUGUACAUUAGAAUUUGCAACACUGUCACUUUGCUUUAGAGCAGAUUUUGCACAUUUUCCCAACAGAACCAGACAUGUUCCCUUUGUUGCACUCGGAUGUGUAUUUGUUACAUGUAACAAACAAGUGAAACUUUCGAAAAGUGCAUUUACCCCAAAGAACCAUCAACCUAUAUCCCAUCUAUUAUAUCAGUAAUCCCUUGCAAAGAAUGUGAUGCCUCCACCUUCCUUAACUAUCCUUGCCUUAUGUAUGAUUUUUUUUUUAAGUAACUACAUGUAACAGGAGGAGGAAGGCAUUGGGUAAUUCAACAAGUCUGUAGAUUCAAAUGCUGUUUUGUUGGGUUUCCUCUCUUUGAAUCCAGUUCUUUGCAAGUAGAUGGGAUGGUUGAAAUUGCCUAACGUACAGUGUACGUCAUCACCCUGUGUUUUGUCUUUACAUUUGACCCUCUAUACAUGGGAACUAGCUAGUAAAAUAACUUGACCUGUAAAUACCAUGUUAGGAUAAGCUGUACAGUGGUAUACCAUUGUUUACAUAAAGUUACUUAGCUCUUUAGUUUUGUUGCCAAUAUAUUGCUGUACCAUAGUUUUGAUUAAUGAAAGAUGUCUAUGUACCUUUCUAGUUUAUAUGGACCUGUUUACCUUGUAAGCCAUAUAGUUACAAUGUACAUGAUGCCAGAGUUAGGACUAAUUAUUGCACUUGAGCCCAGUAGAAAGUCAGGAUUUCAAACGAUAAUGCAUUGUGAAGAUUCAUCCAGUGACAACAGCAGUGCAUGUUACCAUGUGGUUUUUGCCAAUAAAGAUGACAUUCAAUGACCCAUCAUCUGUUAAAACUGGAGAUGGUUGCAUCUCUGAUGUGCAGUUGGAAGAUAACGAUUUGAACUCUGCUCUUCCACUUCCACAUCAUUUUAUCCCAACUUUGCAUUCAUUUUUUUAAUGGUUUUGUACUUUUCCCCUGUGCUGUGUUUGGUCCUCCCGAUGCGUUAGGAAGCACAUACAUCUACAGUACCACACAAAUGGUGUGUUGAGCAGAUGGUUCUUUUGUUUCAGCCAUUCUGUCCAGUGUUAUUUUUCCUGAAUCUUAGUCAAGAGAUUGCUACAUUGCGUUGUAUUAGAGUGCCUCUGGAGUAGUUGGUGAACCACGGAGAAGUACAGGUUGAAAUCUGUUCUCUACAAAUGAGAUUUUAAAUCCUCGUCCCUGUUACAAUUCUUGUAAAUGUUUGUCCUAAUCCCUAUGGAGAGAGAAAAUAAAUUGUUAAUUUUAA